AUGACAAAUUCUAACCUUGCUAAGUGGCUGAUCUUGUGUAUUUUCCUAUACUUGAUAAUCAAUCCUUCAACAUGCUCCGACGAAGAAACUGAUUUGCUGGCGUUGUUAUCCUUCAAGGCGAAAGUGAUCGACGCAAGAGGUGCUCUGGACUCGUGGAUAUCAAACGGCUCAACGGUGGACAGUUACUGUAGCUGGAGAGGCGUUUCUUGCAGCACAAGGCACCGAAGCAGAGUAACAUCCAUCGACCUCGAUUCGCAAGGGUUGACGGGACACCUUUCACCUCAUUUAGGUAAUCUUUCGUUCCUCAGACAUAUUAGUCUCAGAAAUAACAGUUUUUCGGGCCCGAUUCCCCAAGAAUUCGGCCGCCUUAGGCGGCUUGAGUACAUUGAGAUCAGCAAUAACUCUUUCAGCGGUGAGAUUCCGAGAAACUUAUCGCAGUGUCGGAAUCUUUACUAUCUUAACUUGAUUGACAACGAGCUCACCGGCAUUAUCCCGCCCGAGCUAAGUUCUCUCUCGAAACUAGAAGAUCUCGGCUUGUCCGACAACAUUCUUUCAGGAAACAUCCCCUCGUUCAUUGGAAACUUUACGUCUCUCGAACAACUUUCGUUGAGCAACUGUGGCUUGCAUGGCGAGAUUCCCGAGUCGUUAGUCAACCUCCGGAAACUGAUACGGCUCACGUUAGAUACGAACGAACUAACCGGAACAAUUCCUUCCGGUCUUUUCAAUAUCUCCACCAUUCGGUACUUCCUAGUGUUCACUAAUAAGCUCCGAGGGAAUAUUCCUCCGGAUAUCGGCCUCACACUUCCGAAUCUGAGGCAUCUUAGUUUGGGAGACAACAACUUCACCGGAGCUCUUCCCGUUUCGUUGUCGAACGCCUCGUUUCUUGAAAUCAUAGAGAUAUUUUCCAACAGGUUUACGGGGCCCAUGCCCAAAAAUCUCGGCAGGCUUUCGAACCUUUGGUGGUUCUCCGUUUUCUCCACCUACGUCGAAGAUGAUAUCGGUUUUCUUUCGUCUUUAACAAACUGCACUAGCCUCCAAGUUGUUUUGAUCCUCGAUAAUAUUUUAACCGGUUCUCUGCCGGUCUCGAUAUCCAAUCUCACCACCCGGCUAACAAAACUAGCAAUGGAAAUGAACCAAUUACACGGACCUAUCCCUUCCGGUAUCGGAAAUCUCGUCGGUUUGACCAGCUUGACUCUCUUCCUCAACCAUUUCAGCGGUCCGAUCCCUUCAACCGUCGGAAAGCUUAAAAAGCUGCAACGACUAAAUUUGAGCGCCAACAGAUUCACGAACGAGUUACCAUCUUCACUCGGUAACUUGACUUUGUUGAACACGCUAUACUUGACGAGAAACAACAUAUCGGGAAGUGUACCUCCGAGCCUCGUUAACUGUGUCAAUUUGUUAGAGUUGGAUUUUUCUCGUAACAAUCUUAGCGGUCCGAUUCCGAAAGAACUGAUGAGUCUUUCUUCGCUUUCUGUCGCCGUCGACUUGUCCGACAACGCUUUCUCGGGUUCUAUUCCAGCCGAAAUCGGUUCUUUGAGAAACCUCGCUUGGUUAGAUUUGUCCAACAAUAGAUUAUCCGGACUUUUCCCGAACACUAUAAGCAGCUGCACAAACUUGCAGUGGCUUUACGUCGAGAAUAAUUCGUUUUACGGAGAAAUACCUCAGGGCAUGAGUGAUUUGAGAGGCUUACUAGAGUUGGAACUAUCGACGAAUAACUUUUCGGGACCGAUCCCGAGAUUCUUGGCAGAGAUUCCUCUACAACUGUUGAAUAUUUCGUUCAAUAGACUUCAAGGGCCUGUCCCGAAUGACGGGAUUUUUCGUAACCAGAGUGCGUUUUCAGUCGAAGGGAAUACUGACUUAUGUGGCGGCAUUCCCGAGCUGAAACUUCCUCCUUGCCCGUCAAAAAAUCCCGAGACGAAGAAAAACUCUUCUGUUUCAUUGAAAGUCUUGAUCCCGAUUGUAGUUUCUGGUGCCGUAUUCGUCUCUCUCGUAGUGUGCUGGUACAUACUCGUUCGACGGAAGAAAAAGUCGAUAAAGAACCUAUACGUGUCGUCGUUCGAGAGCAAGUUUCGGAGACUUUCUUACGCAGACCUUUUAAGAGCAACGAGUGGAUUCUCCGAGGCUAACAUUGUCGGAAACGGAAGAUUCAGCACUGUGUACAAAGGAAUUCUCGACGAUGGAGAAACGACGGUAGCAGUUAAAGUACUCAAUCUCCGAGUCAGAGGAGCGGUCAAAAGUUUCGAAUCGGAGUGCAAAGCGCUGCGAGUUGCUCGACACCGGAAUCUUUUGAAGAUACUAUCUAUCUCUGUGAGCAUCGACUUCCAAAUGAACGAUUUUAUGGCGUUGAUAUUUCGGUUCAAGUCUAACGGAAGCUUGGAGGAGUGGUUGCAUCAGAGUAUAAGGUAUAUUCCGUUGAUGAAGAGGGUGGAUAUUGCGAUCGAUAUUGCGUCUGCGGUCGAGUAUUUGCAUAAUGGAACUGGUUCGAAAUCGGCUAUAGUCCACGGCGAUUUAAAGCCGAGUAACGUACUAUUGGACGAUGAUAUGACUGCGCACGUCGGUGACUUUGGAUUGGCGAAAGUGAUUUCCGAUAUUUCAACGAACUUUGCAGCAGACGAGAGCGCUUCUUCGGUUGCGGUAAAAGGGACCAUUGGCUAUAUUGCACCAGAAUACGGAAUGUCGGGUGUAAUUUCGACACAAGGGGAUGUGUAUAGCUACGGUAUACUCUUGCUGGAGAUGUUCACAAACGUAAGGCCGACGAGCGAUGCAUUGUCAUCAAACGAUCAAAAUCUUCAUAGUUACGUUAGGAAUUGCUUACCGAAUAGAUCGAUUGAGGUUUUGGAUCCGUUCGUAGUGCUAAACGAAGGCGACACGUUCAGCACUAGUGUUAUGAACUGUGUGGCUUCUGUAUUCGGAGUUGGAGUCGCGUGUUCGAGAGAGCAUGCACAUGAUCGGAUAUCGAUGGCGGAUGUCGUUAUCGAACUCAAACGAAUUAAGGCUAGCGCUUGUUCGAAUCGAGGAUUAUUGAACUAGUUAAUAUCUUUUAUUUUCUUUCUAUUUUGGUCAAGAUUUAAAU